AGGCUGGUCUAGUGGUUAGCAUGUUGGCCACACAGUAACAGUCUGGAGAUUGGGAAGACCUGAGUUCGAUUCUCCCUUGGGCAUUUCUGUGUGGAGUUUGCAAGUUCUCCUCGUGCGUGGUUGGGUUUUCUCCGGGUACUCCGGUUUCCUCCCACAUUCCAAAAACAUGCAAGUUUGGUUAACUGGAGACUCUAAAUUGUCCAUGAAUUGUUGUUUGUCUAUAUGUGCCCUGCGAUUGGCUGGCGACCAGUCCAAGGUGUACCCCGCCUGUCGGCUGGGAUAGGCUCCAGCAUACCCCCGCGACCCUAAAGAGAAGUGUUAUAGAAAAUGGAUGGAUGGAUGGCUGUACAACCAAAUAUUGGCCCACUCAUGAUGUUCUCUUCCUGAGGUAGAAGUUGCACCAACAUGAUUGACAAACUUUGAAUUGACUUUAUUUUCCAAGUACUUCUUGUUUUAACUAUUUGACUAAACCGCGUGUUUGAUAAAGGAACUCUCAGCUCACAACCAUGCGAGGGCAGAGCACAAAGGCCUCCUUGAGUCAGUCUUCACAGCAAGAGACCCAACCCUCUUUGCUGCCUUCUGCGUGACGAGAUGGAAAUAUUACGUAAUUCCGGUUUGAGCAUUUGAACGCACCUGGUAGGUACGUUCAGGUUAUACAAAGUAAAAUGCGCCAUAUUGCAUAAUAGAUUUACUCAUGUGUAUCGGCAGUCGUGGGGGCCAUUUGUAACCAUUUAAUGUAUUUUAUUUCCAUUCAUAUGCGGUUUUAUUAAAAUAUCCGCCGAAUUUCGAGGUGAAUCCUAAAUGUGCAGAUUAAAUUGGGUGAGCUGGGUGUUCUUCGUUCCGCAUUGGACCCGAACCCCGAAGGUUUGUGAUCGGUCCGACCCAGCCAUUGGUGUCUCUGUCGUGCAAAUGUGAGAGUAUACUGUACAUGUGCUAAAUAUCUCCAAGGUUAAAUCUGCCUAAUGGGCCAGUUUAAUUGAGCGCUAUAAGACGUUCUGCGCACGCGCUGGACUAAAAAAAGGGUUGCAUUGAUGAUGUGGGCUGAAAGAGGGCUCACUCUGCUUAAAUAUCCCAAAGUUUUCAUAGGGGACCUCUGGUUUAUAGUUUAACCUAAGUUGGUUAGUACAGUUAUAUCGGUAAUGUUUGUCGUAGCAAAUUAGACAAGUUUAUGUGUUUGUAGGGAUCGUUUGUUGCCCUGUCGUCGACUUUGAUGUUUUAUUGACGUGAUUUGGGCGUCUUAAGAUAGAUGGUGUUUGUUGAUGUAACCAUCUCACAAGAUGUCUGGUUUACAUUUAAACCAUCUUACAAAUGUCAAGUAGAAUGAAAUCGCAACAAAUUGGCUAUUACGUUUGAAGAACCAGUCACGUUUUCCGUGUGCGUACAAAAUGGCUGUCGUGCAUGGAGAGAAGGUCACUCUUGGUAGGAUCGAUAAGAUACAAUAGUUCGCUCGUGCUAGUUCAAACGAAAGCAAUUAUCCUUGUGUACUCAUGUGGUUAAUUAAUGUGGGUAAGGGUGUGUCGUAAAGUGAACACAAUAUUAGAUACGCAAAGAUUUUACGUUUGAAACAUCACCGCGACACAGAGUGACUGAUCUAACCGAUGAACAAUCUUUGCGUGUAAAGUGGCUAGUUGGGCGUUAGGCGCAUGCGCUCCCCGGGAUUAAUGUCAAGGCACAAAAGUGGCGCUACACCGUCUCAAGCUCUACUCCGGUGGUUGCCUUAGUGAUGGAUGGGGAGCUGGAACCAAACCCUGCUGUUGCAGAGGGGGUGGGGGAGCCAGAGGAGCACAUGGAUGCUACCCCUUCCCCUUGCCAGCAGGCCACGCCCCCCAUUGCUGCAGCUGCAGAGUCAGUUUCCAUGGCAACAGAUGACGACGCUCCAAGGAAGGGCUGUACCGACGAUGACGAUGAUGUGGUUCUGGUAGACGAGGAGGCACCCAAGCCACCAGCAUCAACGUCUUCCCAAGACACGCUAGUGUCCAAGGAUCCAGAACCCCCCGCUGCCACCGCAGACAUGUCUGCAGCGGCGACACCUACGUCCAUCGGCGUGUCCGAGUCUUCGAACCCGGCUACGACUGAACCCAUCGUCAUUGAUGACGAGGAGGAGUCUGAGGAGAAGCAAGCCUCUUCUCCCUUAACGGCGCCCACUGGUGGCUCCUCACCCGGCACCUUCAGCACUACAGACCCGAAUUCAGAUAUCCAAAUCGCCAAUGUCACAACGCUGGGUCAAAAAGAAGACGCCAAAGCAGAACCAAGUGCAGAUGCCCAGGCGGACCUGAUGAUAACCUCUGUGACAUCACUGCAGGGAGGAUCAGUGGCAUGUGAAGGCCGAGCAGAGGAAAACGGUCUUCAGAUUUGCAGCGCAUUCAGCUUGAAUACCGACAACGUGUGCGGAAAACCAAGCGCUUCCUUCAACCCCGGGCGAGGUUCGACGGUGCAGAACGGUGACGCAGGGACGCACAACAGAACAGGUGGAGUCAUCCACACCAGAUACUCGUGGAUUUCCCAGUCGGCGUCGGUCCCUCGCAACCAAAAGCAGACAGGUGUGGACUCUCCUUCGCCUGCCACCUCCCUGCCCAAACCUCCAGGACAGUCUUCCUCCUCCUCACCAGGUUCCCAGCCGCAACCCAGGACGGUGAAGGUGACCUGUGCAAACUGUAAAAAGCCUCUUAAGAAAGGUCAGACGGCGUACCAGCGCAAAGGCUCCACACACCUCUUCUGCUCCACCACUUGUCUCUCCGCCUUCUCACACAAGCCCGCCCCUAAAAAAAGUUGCACCAUGUGCAAAAAGGACAUCACAAACAUGAAAGGUACCAUCGUGGCCCAAGUAGACUCCAGCGAGUCCUUCCAGGAGUUCUGUAGCACCGGCUGCCUCGGUGCAUACGAGAACAAGCAGAACCCGCCCAAGUCCAGCCUCAAAACCAAAUGUACCGUCUGCGGCAAGCUCACAGAGAUCCGCCAUGAAGUCAGCUUCAAGACGGUGACCCACAAGAUCUGCAGCGACAUAUGCUUCAACGUGUACCGCCGCGCCAACGGCUUGAUCAUGAACUGCUGCGAGCAGUGCGGUGACUACCUGCCCAGCCGAGUCUCAGCCAACCACUUCCUGCUGGUCGAUGGCCAACAGAAACGCUUCUGCUGCCAGAACUGCAUCAGGGACUACAAGCAGGCUCACAGUAAGCUAGCGAGCUGCUUGACUUGUAAAACGCUGAUCAAGACGGGCGAAGUGGUGCUCGGCCUCGGAGCGGACGGCGCCAUGGGCUCCUACUGCUCCGCCAACUGCAUGAACAAGGCCAAGUUGUCGGCGGUGAACUACCACAAUGCGGAGCCCACGUGUCACUUCUGUAAGAGGAAUUCUUUGCCUCAGUACCAAGCGACUCUGCCCGAGGGAAACGUGCUCAAUUUCUGCAGCUCACAGUGCGUCACCAAGUUCCAGAAUACGACUCUUCAGACGGCCACUAACGGACAGACGCCGCUCUCCACGACCAACAGCGCUGUCCAGCUCAAGUGCAACUACUGUCGUGGAACCUUCAGCAUGAAGCCCCAAACUCUGGAGUGGGAGGACAAAGUGUACCACUUCUGCAGCAAGGUGUGCUGUGACGACUACAAGAAACUGCAUUGCAUCGUGACCCUCUGCGAGUACUGCCAGGAGGAGAAGACUCUGCACGACACGGUUAAGUUCUCAGGCGAGAAGAAGCCUUUCUGCAGCGAAGGUUGCAAGCUGCUGUACAAGCAGGACUUCAUCAAGCGUUUGGGCCUGAAGUGUGUCAGCUGUAACAACUGCAACCAGCUGUGCAAGAGAGCCGUGACCCGGCAGCUCGGCGGCAUGACCCGCGAUUUCUGCAGCGACGAGUGCAGCAAGAAGUUUGACGACUGGUACCACAAGGCGGCACGAUGUGACUGCUGCAAGGUGCAGGGGCAGCUGACAGAGUCCGUGAUGUGGAGGUCAGAGUUGAAGCACUUCUGUGACCAGCAGUGUCUUCUGAGGUUCUACUGCCAGCAGAACGAGCCCAUCAUGGCCACACAGAAAGGCCCGGAGAACAGCAUCACGGGAACUGAAUUACAAGGUUCCAAACUUGGGUUGGUGGGCCAGGGCACGUACACGGGCAGUGGCCUGAUGAGGGACGUUAAAAACAAGGCGGUGCUCUGCAAGCCGCUCACCCUGACCAAGGCCACCUACUGCAAGCCACACAUGCAGAGCAAACCAAUACAGACAGAUGUUGAUGAUGGUGUAAAGAGAGAGUAUGUCCCUGUUCCCAUACCUGUGCCCGUCUUCAUCCCCAUGCCCAUGAACAUGUACUCCCAGGUCACGCCCACACCGCUCUCCAUGCCUUUACCGCUUCCUGUGCCCUUCUUCCUGCCCACCACCCUGCAGGGGGCAGACCAGAUCGUGCAGGCAAUCAAGGAGCUCAAAGGCAAUGUGCCCUCUGACCUCGCAGAGAUGGACCUGCUGGCCGAGGUGGAGAAGCAGAAACCAGACGUGAAGCCAGUGGAGGUGAAAAGUGAACACGAAGAUGAGGAAGCCAGUAAGACAGUGGAGGACGACGAGGAGGGCAAAUAUGAACCUGAUAUGGACCUGGAGGUGGACUUCCCUCAAGCUUUAGACCCGCUUCCUGUCCCAGAGGCAAUGGACGAGGACGUGAGCUCGGCGCUACCGCCAGUUCUGGCAGAGGAAAGGGAGCACACAGACGAGUCCAUACCCCGACCUCAGCCAAGGACACGAGGCAGCAAGAGGCUAGCAGUGGAGGAGGGAUUUGAUCAAGCCUCGCCCUCACCUCCCACGGGGCGUUCGCUGCCUCUUAAAGCUCGCUACGGCAUCAACGCCUGGAAACGCUGGGCGUUAUCUGCGUAUGACCAGACAGACGACGGCAACAAAGACAGCAGUUCAGAAGCAGCUCCAGGAGCACGACUCACGAGUAACUUGGCGUCGCUGAGUGCGGAGGAGCUAAACAUGGCACUGUCUCGCUUCGUCAGGGAGGCGUGCAGGCCCAGUGGGGAGCGCUACUCCCCGGACAGCAUCCUCUACCUCUGCUUGGGCAUCCAGCAGCAUCUCCACACCAAAGGCCGAAAGGAUGACCUCUUCAGCGAUAUUUGCUACCAGCAGUUUGGGGAGGAGCUCAACAAGGUCCUGAAGGACUGGAAACCCAGCGUGCUUCUUGAUGGCUCUCUGUGGGGUCGCGUGGAGGAGCAGAGUCUGUGGAGCAGCCGUCAAUUGGGAGACCAGACCCCUGCCAGCCUACUGCGCUCUCUGGUCUACCUGAACACCAAAUAUUUGGGCCUGCGCACUGCCGAGCAGCACAUGCGCCUGUCCUUUGCCAACGUCUACGGCCCAGACACGGUCCAUCCUGUCCUGUCCAUCAAGUCGACCAGCACCUGCAUCCGCGUGCCUUCCGUCUCUCAGGAUCACAAUGUUGUAAAGGAGUCUCGUAAGAGAAAGUUGGAUGAUGGUGACUGUGAAGCGGGUGACGACACAGGACCACGUGUCCCCAUCAGGAAGCACGAGCGUCACCUUUAUGAGCUCUACAGGUCCAAGUGCCCGCCAUUGCUGCAGGAGCGCUCGGAUGUCUUCUACGUUCAGCCCGAUCCCACUUGCGACCCCAACGGGAUGCUGUGGUUCACCUCCACGCCAAUGGAACCCCAAAUGCUGGAGAGCCUCCUCGCCAGAGUCCUCCUGGUCCGCGAUGUAUACACGGACACGCCACGCUUGGAGGAAGAGAAGGGGGAGGAAGGUGGAGAUGAGGGGGAGUAGUAGCGAGUCUUAUUUGGACCGGUAGAUUGUUAGUAGAUCCACAGGUGGGCGAUAGUGAGUAGCACGUGUGCUCUUCCAACAUUUUGUUAUGUAAUCUGCCUUCAUUCCUUCCGCCACUACCCGCCGCGUCCUCCUGGCGAGGGAACGACAUCCGCAGGGAAGCUGGAUGAGCCGCUAAGAACGGGAAGAGAAAGGACUGGGAUUCAAGUGGGUAAAGAGGGAUGUGUGUUGCUGGGGCUGGAUUCACUUGUUUUAAAAAAAAACAAAAAAAAACGGUUCUGUAGGAUCCGGACCACCGCUCAGAAGACAAUUAGGGAAUGUUUUUGCUCGCUCGACUCAAAAGACAAAGUCUAAAUUUGAAUGCCGGUGAGGUGAUUAGCAGGUUAACCGCAGCCAAUGGGAAGCAAGUUGGGAACAGACAAUCACUGCAACUUUGGUGUGUCCUCUUGGCAUCCUUUUCACCCACAAACAGAGGUCCUUGAACGCCACCUCAGAUCCCAUAGUAGACACG